AUGAAGGGCUCUCUCAUCCUCGCCGCGGCCGCCGCCGCCGGUGUCAGCGCCUCCAGCGCUCACCGUCACGCCCACGGCCUCUUCAAGAGGACCAACAACGGCACCGAGGUCUGCCUGCCCGGCUGCACCACCAUCUACAAGACCAUCUACGGCGAGCCCACCCUGAUGCCCAACCCUCCCAGCCCCAAGCCCACCAGCCAGGCCCCUCCUCCUCCUCCCCCCAAGCCCACCUCGACCUAUGUUCCCGCCCUCGAGGUGCCCACCCCCGUCGCUGAGGUUUGCGAGACCCCCGGCAUCUACACCUUCCCGGCCACCACCAUCACCGUCAGCGAGACCACCACCGUCUGCGCUCCGGCCACCACCAAGGUCCCCGCCGGCACUCAGACCUACGGCGGUGUCACCACCAUCGUCGAGAGCUCCACCACGGUUGUCUGCCCCUACGCCACCGAGAAGACCACCAACGGUGUCGUCACGAGCGUCAUUGAGACCACCACGUACGUCUGCCCCGAGGCCGGUACUUACACCAUCGCCCCCACCGUCACCGUCUGCGAGAAGGAGGAGGAUGUCGUGUACCCUACCAUCACCACCGUCACCCCUGGCACCUACACGCGCCCUGCCGUGACCACCACCAUCACCGAGGAGCACGUCGUCGUCGUCUGCCCCUGGACCAGCGAGGCUCCCAAGCCCACCCCCACCCCCGUCUACGAGGCCCCCAAGCCCGAGGCCCCCAAGCCUGAGAUCACCAAGGCUGCUGAGCCCGAGCCCAAGCCCACCCCCGCCUACGAGGUUCCCGAGACCCCCAAGGAGACCCCCAAGAAGGAGACUCCCGCCAAGGAGACCCCCAAGAUCGGUGGCGGUGCUGGUGACCACUGGGCCAUCACCUACACUCCUUUCAGCCAGGACGCCUCCGGCUCUUGCAAGUCCGCCACUGAGGUCAGCAAGGAUAUUGCCGUCAUCAAGCAGUCCGGUUUUGAUACUGUCCGCGUUUACUCCACCGACUGCUCCACCCUCGAGAACGUCGGUGCCGCCUGCAAGGAGCACGGCCUGCGCAUGAUCAUUGGCAUCUUCGUCAAGGACACCUGCAACCCUGAGAACCCUCAGGUCAAGGAGCAGAUCGACACUAUCAACCAGUGGGGCAAGGCUGGCAACUGGGAUCUUGUCGACCUCUUCGUCGUCGGUAACGAGUGCAUCUUCCAGGGCCGCUGCGACGCCAACUCCCUGAAGACCCUUAUUGUCUCCACUCUGAACGUCUGGGAGCAGAAGGAGGUUGCCGCUGCCCUCUGCCCCGUCAUCGACGUUGUCGGUGGUCAGAUUCACCCCUACUUCAACGCUGAGGUCGCCCCCUCGGAUGCCGGCAAGUUCGUUAAGAACCAGCUUGACAUCCUCGAGAACAGCAUCUGUGGCAACAAGCCUGCCCUCAACCUUGAGUGCGGCUGGCCUACUGGCGGCAGCGCCAACGGCAAGGCCACCCCCCGGUAA